GCAUUCCACCCUUCCGGCCCGGCGUUCCAUCAGCUGCUUGCACCUUCCGCCCAGCAUCGGCUUUCCGCGCGACGGUCGCCAAGUUCCAUUUUCGCGUGGCCUCUGCGGUGCCCGAGCCCGCAAUGUCGGGCCCCAACGGGGACCUAAGCAUGCCAGUGGAUGCGGGCGCGGAAGGCGAGAAUGACAGCUUCGGGGAAGCAGAGUAUGCUGCCAUCAACUCCAUGUUGGAUCAGAUCAACUCUUGUCUGGACCACCUGGAGGAGAAGAACGACCACCUCCAUGCCCGCCUCCAGGAGCUGUUGGAGUCUAAUCGGCAGACACGCCUGGAAUUCCAGCAACAACUCGGGGAGGCCCCUAGUGAUGCCAGCCCCUAGGUGCCUGCAGCCCCAAACUGGGCCCCGGCCUCGCCUCUCUAGGCCAUGUUCUGGCCUGGGUAGAUACUACUUGGCUUAGACACCAUCUCAGGUACUGGCCUUCGGAUCCCCCAGUGGGUCUACCCACCUGGACCAAGCCCCACUGCCCCAUCAUCCCUUCUGGAGCCAGGUGUGGUCCUACAACUCACUCACUUAUCCACCUGCCCAGCUCCAGUCUCUCUCCCCUCCACCCUGGAUUGAGUGUCCAUAUUAAAGAGAUCUCCCACA